ACAAGAUGGCCGUAGACAUGAUGGAUGACUUCGAGUUGGAGAGGCUUAGAGCUGAAAUUCAGCAAGAACGGCAAAUGAAGGAAAUGCUGGAUCAGUCAUCAGCAGAAUUGAAGACCACAGUGGGAGAACUGGACAAAAGGCUGGAUACUAUUGGAGAUGAGGGUAAUGAGUGGAAGACGAGGUUUGAAACGCAGGAGGAGAUGAACCAGCAGUUACAGCGACAGAUCCUCAUGUUACAGACCAAAGUGGAGGAGGCGAGGAAAAACCUCAAAGACGCUAGCAGAACACCUAGAGAUAUAAAGAACUUUGAUGAUCUGUCAGAUGCCAAUCCCCAAAUGGUGAAGGCACUGGAGAAAGAAAGGAACCAGUUGUUGAACCAGUUACGAGACCUGGAAUGGAGACUUGACCAGGAAUCAAAGGUUUAUCACAAGGCUAAUGAUGAGCGAAAGCAGUAUGUCUUAGAGAUCAACUCCACGAAACACAACCUGAGUGAACUGAGGGUACAGUCCAAGGCGUCUGGGGAGAGUGCACGAACCAACAAAAACACCACGAAAUGCAGAAGGAAAUAUUCCUGAUGACCACAGAAUUAUUGACCCAAAGAAAGGCCCAAUCAAGAAGACGGCAGGAGUAAAAAGCCUACCCAGCAUUGAUUCCUACUACUGACUGUAGUCCUUAAUGUCUCAAUGUUUGUAUGAG